UGCAUUAGUGAGCUGCCUCAAGUAUUAUUAUUGUGUGUGUGUGUAUGGCACAGUGUGUAUCAUCAUAUUCCCGCCCACUCUGAGCUCUUUACUAUCAAUGAAGCUGAAACGCCGCCAGGCACGAACUCUGCGGCUCCCGCGCGGGACGGCGGAGGAAGGGAGUGACGCAGCCCCCACAGCAACCCCUCGUGUGGUCUCGCGCCCGCUAGCGCCGAGCCCAUAAGUCAGAGCGGUAGUCCCGCCCCCUCCCUGCGAGUGCGCGCGCAGCUUACCCCCCAAGCGGAGAGUUCUUCCUUCCGCCCACCGGCAUUGGGGCUUGGCGGGGAUCUGAGAGCGGAAGUGACGCGCGGGGUCGAGUGCCCGGAAGUAGAGGCGUCCGCGGGCGAGAGGCGGCGGUUGGAGUAGCGUGCUGUGAACCACUUUCACAAGAUGAGCGCCACUAAGGAAGGGGACGUGAAACCUGAGGACCUGAAACCCAAGGAUGCUGAACCCGAGCCUGAGAAAAAGAUCUUCUAUUGUGAAAUUUGUAAAGUUCCAUGCAUGAGUUCUAUAAGCCUGCAGUCGCAUUAUCGUGGAGUAAAGCAUAAGAAGAGAGAGAGAGCCAUGAAUCCCUAUCGUGCUCCAGCUCCGGUGGUGCAUGAAACAGCAAGACCAGUAAAGCGAAAACUUACAAAGGACAUAACCUGUCUAAAAGAUUUUAUGCAGGAUCCCAAAAGAGAAGAGCCUCUAGUUGGUUUAGAGCAUGUGGUUGAAAUCAGAUUUGCAGGGAGAAGAGAGCCACAUUAUGAAUGUAAAUUGUGUGAUUUUAAUACACAGAUGGCACCCAUGAUAGAACAUCUUAGUGGCUAUAAACAUAGAAGAGCAUAUGUUGCUAAAGAAUAUCCCGAUAAAAUAAAGAAAAACAUGCCAGCUAUGAAAGAAGACAAAGUUUCUUUUUUCAGACGAAUAGCAAGAGAGAUAGAGAAGACUGAAGGCUUAAAAAUGUUUAAGACUGAAGGUUAUACAAGACCCAGUACCUCUUCAUCAUCAAAGAAGAAAGCAAGGUGGGAAAACAGUUACAAGCCUGAGAAUGAUCCGGUUUGGAAAGAGAGAGCCCUACAAUUCUUGGAAACUUUUCGGAUCACCUCCGACUCGGAAGCAACUCAAGUAGUUAGUAUUACACAGAAUCUGACAGAAGCUUUAAAAGCUUUUUGUGAAAAGAAAGCAGCUGUCAAUUAUGUUAGCAGCCUGAGGCCCUUGAUGUCAAUAUCCUAUGAUCAGCUUGUAGCAGGAAAAGGCAGCCAAAAACAGAAGCCAUAUGGAAAUUACCAAGGCAACUCAGGAAAUGCCAACUGGAACCAAGGCUUUUCACCUCAAAGAUCUGAACAGGCAAAGUUUACAUCACAAUAUUCUGCAAACACUUCACUGACACCUUCCAGUUCAUACAAUUACAAAACAAGUGGUGGAUCAUCUGCUUAUGGACACAGAGCUAAUGAUUCUGCAAGCAUGUCUGCACUCAGUAACUCUCUUGCCCUUAAAACUGGAGGCUUUGCUACUGGAAUCAGUGAAUGGAUGAAGAAGGUAGAUCAAUCUGUUUUCCCAUCCACUUCAGCUGGAGGCACUCCUUCCAACAACUCCAUGUAUUCAAUGAGUGCGUAUUCAAGAGAACGCUACUGUAAUGAUGCCGAAGGAAAUGAAUCGCAACUACCUGACAGAAUGACCUUUGGUGCUGAAAGUACGAACUGGAGGAAUCGAGAAACAUUCAGGAAUAUAAGGAAUUUUCCUGAUCAAGGAUCAUCAUAUUCCAAUUCCUCUGUGAUGUACCCAUCAUCACCGCCUAGAGGAUAUUCAGAGAACUGUGCUGUAAAAGACUCUUCCCCUUACUACAGCCAUGCUUCAACAAAUUCUGCUUUUUCUUUAGGAGGUGGUUCUAGCUGGUCACAAGAAUCCAGUUACCAGAAAUCCAGAUAUCAGCAGUCACACUUCAGGACUAACUCAAGCUCAUGUGAUUACUCCUUUUCUAGGAGCAACUUGUACAGGGAUUAUCAGCCAAGUAGAGAGUCAGAACUAAACUUUGAUGGAGAUAGUUCCAGUCUUUCUCCCAACAUUGUGGAUAGAUCUGAAAGAGAAGACAUGCCUACAAUGACCAGUGUGUUUAAGCAGCUGACUCCAUAUUAUCCAGUACUUCAAAGUAAGAUAUUUGGCACUAGUAAAGUUCUGGUUUCCUACACAAGCAGAUCAGGGGAGUGGCACUAAAUAUUACUCUAAAGAAAUUGUCCUGAUCACUUGCUAUACCUGUGGUUGAGUGACUCUCAAUAAAAUGGGAAAAUACCUUACCUAAGGUAAACAGGAAGACUUGUACUGGGUCAGGUUGCCGUUGAUCAUGUAAAUUUCAUAAUCCAGCCAACAUACUCGGGGGUUCAGGGAGGCUGUAUCAUCAGGAUGGCUGCUAGAGCACCGAUGUCCUGACACUUAUUAAAAACAUGGAGUUGUACAAUCCUCUACACAGAAGAUGGUGAUAUUUGACAAUUCAAAUGUGUGAAAAAUACAUAAAGGAGUAAUAGGAUUUAAAAGAAUCUGUACUACUAAAAAUGAAAAAAUGGAAGUUGCUGUUUUGAGAUUCUUUUGAUAAAUGUACAAUAUUUGAAUUGGUAUUUUUCAUAGGCAAAAGUGUGUGUAUAUCUUGGAGUGUUUUAAGUAGCAGAAAAAUAUUCUUUCAUGAAACGCUUUCCUAAAAUAAUUUCAAGAAUAACUGAAUGCACAUCACUAUUGUAUCAGCAUUGUUUUGAUUAUAGCGCAAACAAUUUGACUCUGCUAAAAUUAGCUGUUACUUUAAAGCUUCAAUUUUUAACAUGCUUUCAGUUAUAAACUUGUGUAAAAUUAACAGAAAAUGAGCUAAUGACCUAAGUUGUUUUUUUUCCCCUCCCUCACUAGAAAUCAAUAUUGAAACCUUAGUCAAUAUGCUGGUUGAAACUAGAAACAUAAAUUAAGAAGAUACCACAGUAGCUGAUUUGGAAAGAUGAAAAGAGCAUUCAGGAUUCUUCAUAUCUGAGGCUUUUUUAUUUUGUCUUUGUUCAGUUUAAAAAAAAAAUUUUAAUUCCAAAUUUCUUUCCCCCCCCCCAUUUUGGUUGAAGGGGGACAGGGUUUAAGUUAGCAGUAUAUUUAAAAGCAGCUGGAACACAAAAAUAUUGUGAUUUAGCAGAGGUAAGUACAGCAUUACUUUCUUUUUUACUUUCCCUGAAAGAGCUGUUCAUUAGUCUCUGCACACAAUCUAUCAGCCUCGUCAAAAAAGACCUUUGUACGUUAUCUAUUUAAGAAAAGCAUUUACCAAAAAUAGAGAACUGGUGCAUGGAAAUAUUGAAGUUUUUCUCUUUUCCUUCACUUACAAGUUGAAGACCAUAUUUUCUAAUUUAAAGCCAUUUAUAGUAAUACAUCCAUUCCUAAAAAUAUUUUUAAUUGCUCUUUGGAACAUGAUGGAUGGUCUCCAGCAAAAAAGCAAACUUUUACCUGUUGAGGACUUUAAAUGGACUAUUAAAUUUAAGAAAAUGUAGACCUUUCCUAGUUGUGCAGGGGAAAUUAAAAUGUACUUGAACGAUUCUCUCUCUAAAGAGUAAAAAGACACAAAUAAGGAAACAUGCAGAAUUAAAUUCAUCAGAAUGAAGUAAGUUGUUUUAGGCCUCAUGCUAAUUCAAACCCAUCUCAGUAAGAAAUGGGAGUCUUGAGACCAUUAGUGGUCCAUACCAGCAUAAAAAUUCAUUUGUUCAUUCUUAAAACCAAAAAUUGGAACUUUCAGGGAAUCAGACUUACUCAUUGUAAAAGAUAGAGAAGGCACACUCUUCCUUUUGCUCAUAAGCUGCUGAAUUCUUACUGACUUCAUGUGGAAUUAUGAAUGCCUAACCCCUUUAAAACUCAAAGCUUUAGAUGCCAGUGCUAAAAAUUGAGAGGAUGGUAUAUAGACUACCAUAAAAUUAGCUUUAAGAGGCAAGGGCUUAUUACAGCUGUCCAUCUUUGUGUGUUGCCUCUUGGCAAAAUCAUACUGUGUCCAUAACCAACCAAGUAAACUUCUUGGAGGUAUUUUUUUUUUCUGGGGCUGUCAGCUUUACCAUAUACUUCCAUGAAAGAUCACAUUACAGUCUCUUAACCUUUAGUAUGGUAUUCAAGAACUUUGUCUGGUGUGUGUGCGCGUCUUAGCAUACUUUUGUGUGUAUGUAAACUUCUCUCUCAGAUGUUCCUCCAGGAAACUUUGUUUGUAGGAAAACUACUCUGGUAUCUUACUUUCCCCUUAUUUUGUAAUUGCAGAACUUUGUGUUGCCUUAAUAGUUUGGGGUAAGUGGUUAUGCCAGAUACCUGUACAAAGAAGUGUACAGAAAAAUAACUUUAAGGAAAAUCAUCCUUAUUUUGGCUAUCACUGUGGAACUAAUGGCUUAUCUGCAAGUGGAUUGGUAAAAAUAAUUUCAGUAGGUUUUCAGUGUUAGUACCACCACGCUUGUUCACAAAAAGUGUCAAGUAACUGAAAUUCCAAAUUUGUAGAGAAAAUAAAAAUUUCUCAAGAAAAGAAUUCUUAUUUUUUUCAGUCUUCCAUGGUUGUGGGUUUUUUUUCCUGCGCUAGUUAAAACAAGAGGCUGGCAUCCUUUGUUCCUCUUAGCCCCCUUGAAUCUGCUCCUAGACUACUAAUGAUGUAGUGUCACUUCAGAGAUAAGUGACGUGGCAGAUUUUGUCUGGUCCUUUUGGAUCAGCUCUGUCAGUGAAAACUAUAGGCAGGAAGCAAAAAACAGCAGUAGAGAACUAGAACUACUAGGGGAAAACAGUAGCCACAGGCAGAAGAGAUUUUAUAAAUUGAA